UUACAAUAUGGCUCAUUAAUUAGGUGUAAUCCAAGAAACAUAUUAAGAUGACUUAUAGGGAUUGAUAUCUAAUUUAGAAAAUUAAAACUAUAUAAUCGAUAAGAGAGGAUCAAUUUUAAAAAAAAGAAGAGAUUUUCUUUUGGGAGUACUUAGAGAUUGUAGAGAAGGAGAAACAAAAUUAUGUGACUCAAAAAUUUCAUGCAGCACAGCUUUAUUUUCAUCAAUACAUGAUGAUACAGAUCAGUAUCAAAAGCUUUAGGAAGAAAUAGCUCAAAAAAAUUAAUAAAUUUAAGAAUUAAAAGAUUCAGUAGAAACAUUGUAAUAAAAAAUUCAAAGAAUAUAAAUAUGCAAUGAUGAAAUGCAAUUUGAAUUAUAAAAAAAUCAAACAUAAUAAUCAUAAUUUUAAAGAGGAAAUAAAUUAAGUUAAUCUAGUAUAAUAUACAUGAAUAUUCUUAGUGAUUAUUCCUAAUUUAACUACAUCGACUGAAAAAGCAUAAGCAUCAAUUAAUAAAUUCGUUUAACCUAUAUCAACAAAUUCAUUUAAAUCAAUAGAUAACAAAGAACCUAAUUCAAAAGAAAAUACAAGAAAAAUGAUAAGAAGAAUUUCAUAGCAAGCUUCAGCUUCUGCCUAUAUAUUAGCUGCUAAAGGAGAUUAUACCACAUUGCCAGGUGCUUAAGAAGAAUAUUAAAGUUAAAAAAGCAUAGGAUCAUAAAAAUCUUUGUCAAUUAAAUGA